AUGUCGAGGAGUAUCUAUAGGUUGAAUUUGGCACUCCCUCGACUCACCAAAGCACCCCCAAAGCACAAUACGAUCUUCCCCUCCCUCAACUAUGUCGAAUCAUUUCCGGACCUCUCAAAAACUGAUAUAAUACUGGACGAAGGUCGUACACGUACUUUUACCGAUGGGAAACUAGUGCCAGGAAAGAAACUCACUAUCUCACUCUUCAAUACCCCACCUCUGAUCGCCCCCUCGCCCCCACCACCGGCCGAGCCAUCUCGUCUAUCGAAGAGUCCAUUCUUUGAAGAUCUGAAUCGCCUACACCGUUUUCCUUUGAUCACUAAGCGUGUGGUCCAACAGACGGGAAAGGGGAAACAACCGAGUUUCUAUUCGCUUGUUGUGUUGGGAACGGGCGGGGAAUGGUCGGAUAUGAGCAUGGACUUAGUCGACAGAUUUGAGAACAGAACACUAUGGGGGCAAUUGGAGGGAAAGUUCGGAGCUACUCAUAUUAUCAUGCGCGCUCGGCCCAGUGGACAUGGUCUAGCAUGCAACCCAUACAUCCAUCAAGUUUGCAAGGCUGCUGGAAUCGCCGAUGUCUCAGCCAAGGUUCAUGGUUCCAGAAACGUCCCAACGCUACCAGGUAUGCAAAUUGUCAAAGCGACAAUCCGGAUGUUGCACGGGGGACACGCGCCUACGGGUAUGGGUGACGGUGUCGGCGGCAAAGGUAAGCGUGAAGAAGCGGGAGUCGGGAUGAGAGGGCGUGAUGCAAUUGAGCGGGAAAGAGGUCGCUUGCUGUACGAGGGUAGUUCUUAUCUCUAA